AUGGCUAGAACAUUUUUCGUAGGAGGAAACUUCAAAAUGAAUGGCUCCAAGAAGUCAAUUCACGAGAUUAUCGAGAGAUUGAACAACACCAAGUUACCAGAGAACGUAGAGGUUGUGAUUGCUCCUCCUGCUCCCUACUUGCAGCAGGCUGUCACCGAGAACAAGCAGAAGACUGUUUACGUCUCCGCACAAAACAGUUUCGACAAAGCUUCUGGUGCCUACACAGGUGAAGUUUCUGUCGAGGCUUUGAAGGACUUGGGUGUCCCUUACGUUAUCUUGGGUCACUCCGAACGUAGAACUAUUAACAAGGAAGACGAUGCUUUCAUUGCUUCCAAGACCAAAUUUGCUCUUGACCAGGGUUUGAAGGUUAUCCUCUGUAUUGGUGAGACACUCGAGGAGAAGCAAGCCAACAUCACGCUAGACGUUGUUAAAAGACAACUGCAAGCUGUUGUCGAUGUUGUUUCCGACUGGACUAACAUUGUCGUUGCUUACGAGCCUGUCUGGGCUAUCGGUACUGGUCUUGCUGCCACUCCAAGCGAUGCCCAAGACGUUCACAAGCAAAUUAGAGAUUUCCUUGCUACUGUCAUUGGUAAGGACCAAGCUGAAAAAGUCCGUAUCUUGUACGGUGGAUCCGUCAACGGCAAGAACGCUGUCGAGUUCCGUGACAAGGCCGAUGUUGAUGGAUUCUUGGUUGGUGGAGCUUCUCUGAAACCUGAAUUCGUGGACAUUAUUAAUUCCAGAAACUAG